AUGGUGGACACACCGGUGGUCAAUCUGCUGAGACAGUUGAUGGCGAUUCCGUCCGUGAGCGAGGACGAAUAUGAAAUUGGCCAAUUUCUUGAGAAAUAUCUUGAAUCCCGUGGAUAUACUGUGGAGUUGAUCCCUAUAGAUCCAAGCAGCCGCCGUCAUAAUGUGUACGCCUACCUGGGGUCAGAUCGAAAAGCGCACACUUGUAUGACUUCUCAUAUGGACACGGUGCCACCACACAUCGACUUGCGUAUCGAAGGGGAAAUCAUCUACGGCCGUGGCGCAUGCGAUGACAAAGGGCCCCUUGCCGCACAGAUUAUAGCAGCCGAAGAGCUCAGAGCUGAGGACAUUCUGAAAAAUGGAGACAUCUCUCUUUUGUUUGUUGUUGGUGAGGAAAAGGGGGGGCCUGGAAUGCUUGCGGCGAAUGAUCUGAACUUGUCAUGGGAAGCAAUUAUCUUUGGCGAGCCGACUGAAAGCAAGAUGGCAAUCGGUCACAAGGGUCAUUACGUCUUCGAGCUCUACUGCAAAGGAGUCGCUUGUCAUUCAGGGUAUCCCGAGAAGGGGCAGAGUGCGAAUUCGACCCUGGUGUCGCUGUUGGGCGAACUUGCGUCAUUGCAAUACCCGGUCAGCACUUUAUUGGGACCAUCUACCUUCAAUUGCGGCAAAAUAGAGGGCGGUGUGGCUUAUAACGUUCUCGCCGCCGAUGCCUACGCCCUCUGCGGAGUUCGCGUUGCAGCAAAUCUUCCCGAGAUAGAACGUCUCGUGGACCAAGCCGUGGCAAGAUAUCCUGGUGUGACGCUCAAGAAGAACUUUGCCUACACGGAGACGUUACUGGAUUAUCAAGUUGAAGGUCUAGAGUCAAUCCCGGUCGCAUUUGGCACAGAUAUCCCUCGUCUUCGUGGUGAUCAUAAGAAAUAUCUGUAUGGACCCGGAUCGAUUCUUGAUGCACAUGGCGAGAACGAACAAGUACCCAUACCAGACCUUCUUCGAUCCGUGCAAGUAUACAAGCAACUUGUCAAGAUGUCUCUGGGCAUCAAGUAG